CACCGAUCCACGGAGAGAGCCAAAGAUGUCAGCUCGGUCAUGUGAUCAGCUGUGUCCAAUCACAGCUCGGUCAUGUGAUCAGCUGUGUCCAAUCACAGCUGAUCACAUGGGACAUGUACACUGAUCAUCAGGGCACUGAUGAUCAGUGUGCCCUGAUGAUCAGUGUGGCCCCAGAAGUGCCACCUGUCCAUGUCCAUCAGUGCUGUCAGUGCUGAACAGUGCCACGUGCCAGUGCCCAUCAGUGUCACAUCAAUGCCACAUAUCAGUGCCUACCAGUGCACAUCAAUGCCACAUAUCAGUGCCCAUCUGAGCUGCCCUUCAGUGUCACCCAUCAGUGCCACCUAUCAAUGCCAAUCACUGCCACCUAUCAGUGCUGCCAAUCAG